GAAUUUCGUCAAAUGCUCACUCAUCGAUAGAUAAGAUAACACUUUGCCACACAUUAUGAUCACCAAAGAAUCUGUGUUUUUAUUGGGUCUGAUUUUAACUUCCACCGGAUGUAUCGAUCCACAAGCAAUAUGUAAUCAACUGCUAGGUAUAGACUGCAACAACUACACGCCUCUAGAAAAUGAUGAGUCUGUAUGUGGCACUAACGGAGUCCAUUACGAAAACUAUUGUCAGUUUGGCAAAGCUCGAUGUGUGGAUCCUAGCAUAGACAUUAAGCAAGUUGGGCAUUGUCACGUGCACUCAGGCCCCCAGACAUCGACCGUGCCCGCCACCACUGCCGCCGCAGUCACCACCGCCGCCCCAGCCGUUACCACGCAAGGCACCACGACGACAACGAGGUCCUUUGAAAUGCAGCUUGUUUGUGCUAACGCCAACCUUAUCACUUGCACCAAUGAAAUCAGUCUCAUUUGCGGUAGUGAUUUUAAACUCUAUCAAAACAGUUGUAAAUUCACACUGGCUAUGUGCCAGACCCCUGGACUUCACAACCUAACCCUGGCCGACUGUCGCUCACACCAGGGAAGACGGGCCGCACCCUACGUCAUACUCUGAGGAGGAAAUAGCCUAAUCAUGUCUGUAGUUUUAUUUUCGAUUUCAUUGUUAAUAAAGUUGACUUGGCUAAAUAUAA